AUGCUCCCAUCGGGUCUUGCAAUCCUCGAUCACAACGCCAAAGCAGUAUUUGUCAAUCAACACUUUUGGGACCUCACGACCAUGCUAGGCGAUGAUCGAUCAUUUACCAGUUGGCCACAAAGCAUACACCCCGAGGAUUACGACCGUGUGAUGGAAGCAUAUAAAGAUGCGUUCCACAACAGCAAGGAGCUACGCACUGAGUUUCGAGCUCGAGGCGAACCUCAUCCUUGGCGUCUGUUGCUCUUGACGCCAUUAGGAGACGAAAAUCUCCAACACGUCAGUCUGCGCGAAUAUGGUGGCUUCAUCUGUAGCAUUGUUGAUAUCAGCUCAGAAAAGAGCGCUGAAUUGGCUGAGCGCAAGGCAGCCCAACAAGCAAGGGAGCGGAAAGAGCAACAAGAGCGCUUCAUCGACAUGAUAUCACACGAAAUUCGAAACCCCCUCUCUGCUGUGCUCCAUUGCGCUGAGGAUAUCGGCGAUGCAAUUCGCGAGCCAAGGCAGGAAAUCGACACGAACGUCAUCCUAGAGGCGGUGGAGACCAUCGAACUUUGUGUGUCUCACCAGAAAAAUAUCGUUGACGACGUUCUUUCGUUUUCAAAGCUCGAUGCCUCCCUUCUUUCUCUUGUGCCGAAGCCAUGUCAACCGCAUCGUCACCUAGCCACAACACUCAAAAUGUUCCAGCCGGAGUUCCGAAAGCAGCAGUUGCAGUUCGGCUACCGUGUCGAUGAUGCCUACUCCGAAGCCUCGGUGAGGAUCGUGCUGGCCGACAUGCCACGAAUAUCUCAGGUGUUGAUCAACCUCACAACGAACGCCAUCAAGUUCACACAUCAGAGCGAAGGAGAGAAGCAAAUCAUUUGCUCAGUGGCUGCUAGCCUCGAAAGACCGACAUCGUAUCCUCCGAACGUCGUUUUCUUCGAAUCCGAAAGCCUCGCCCACCGGAUGGAUGCUACAAAUACCAAGGAGUGGGGAGACGGCGAGCCUCUAUACAUCAUGGUUGCUGUGCAGGAUACCGGCAUAGGUAUCAGUGCCGAGGGCCAAAAGCGGCUAUUUGAGCGCUUCCGGCAAGCAACUCCCAAAACCGGCGAGGUUUAUGGAGGUUCAGGGCUUGGGCUCAACAUUAGCCGAAAGAUUUGCCAUCUUCAUGGCGGCGAAAUCGGAGUCAGCUCAACUGAAGGACAAGGAAGCACGUUCGGGUUCUUCUUCAAGGUUCGUCGGACGCAAAGAAACGAGAGCAUGGAGUCCGAGGCGUCUUCAGAAGGAGAUCAGGAACAUCUACGCGACCAGAUACAGGCGCUGGAAAUUGCUGAUGCCCAGGCUACUGAUCUCUCUGAGCCGUUCAAUUGGGUUCCACAAGGGCAGCAGCCUGCUCACCAAAUGAAGGAGAUGAAGGACGAGAAGUUAUUUGGUGGUGGGCCGGGUGGAAACCAGCAACGCGAGAACAGAGAUGAUCGAUACCAAGAAGCGGAAAGACCACAAGUGUCAAGACCACAUCGCACGGGCGAAUCACUGCAAUCUCAAGAAGUUCAAAAAGGAGGACACGCAGAAGAACAGACAUCAACGCGACCGGUAGCUUCCUUUAAUCGAGCUGGUUCGCGGGCGCAUGUACUGCUCGUUGAAGACAAUAUCAUCAAUCAGCGCAUUGUAUUCAGAAAACUGGAGUCAAAAGGAUUCAACGUCACGACGGCGAACAAUGGCGAGGAAGCUGUGCAGAGCGUGCGAGACGCUCCAAAGUUGUCAUCCGGAGACAAAGGCGCAUUCAAUGUCAUUCUCAUGGAUCAAGAGAUGCCAAAGAUGAAUGGAAAUACUGCAACAAGGGCAAUCAGAGACUUAGAAGCGCGAGGCGAGAUUGAGCGAAUACCGAUCUUGGGAGUCACGGCCAACGUUCGAAGUGCGCAGCAGGACGAGAUGAUAACGUCGGGUAUGGAUGAUGUGAUCAGUAAACCGUACAGGAUCGAGGACAUGGUGAGUUCGCGACCCACACUAAUCGUGAAGGAGACGUAG